UUCAUGCCCAUUCUCUCUAUUUCUUUUCUCAACUCUCUCCGACUCUCUCCGAAAAGGUCCCCGGAUAUCUAGGGUUUGCCAAACCUCAUUUCUUCCAUCUUUCUCUCUCUGAUCAGAUCUCGAUCUCUUCGGCUUGUAAACGUAUACGUAGACUGCGCGUAUACAUACGUAUGCUGUUGACUUCUCGGAUCUAGCAUCCGGCCAUGCAGGAAUCGAAGCGCGGGUUUCUUAUCUCUCUAUGAUCGUUGUCUCUGUCGGUAUUCUUGAUCAGAGGGUUCUGAGGGCGGAACAGGAGUGCAUGAAGGAUCGGCUCCAAUUUUUAUGUGUAGAGACGAUUUCAAAGAGAAUAAGGAGAGAUUGCGGGUUUGUGAUACGGAGCAGGGGUAGGUGGGGGAAAUGUGGCUGAGUUUUGGAGCUUGAUUGGGUCGUGAUUUUCGUCUUUUUGAGUUAGAUUAUCGUCGGAGCAGGAAGAAUCUACAGGGGUUUGGAAAGGUUUGUGUUUUGAGAUUUAGAGAGAAUGCAGCAAGAUCAGCGCAAGAAGAGUCAAGCAGAGAUGGACUUUUUCACGGAAUAUGGAGAUGCCAAUCGAUACAAAAUUCAGGAGGUAGUAGGGAAAGGAAGCUAUGGUGUGGUAUGCUCGGCUAUUGACACACAUACUGGAGAAAAGGUGGCAAUAAAGAAAAUACAUGACAUAUUUGAACAUAUCUCUGACGCUGCUCGGAUCCUCCGUGAGAUCAAGCUGCUCAGGCUCCUACGCCAUCCUGACAUUGUUGAAAUUAAGCACAUCAUGUUGCCACCUUCGAAAAGGGAUUUUAAAGAUAUUUAUGUUGUUUUCGAGCUCAUGGAAUCAGAUCUGCACCAAGUCAUCAAGGCUAAUGAUGACUUGACGAAGGAACAUUAUCAAUUUUUCCUUUAUCAGCUGCUACGUGCAUUGAAGUAUAUUCAUACAGCAAAUGUGUAUCAUCGAGAUUUAAAACCAAAGAAUAUAUUGGCAAAUGCAAACUGCAAGCUCAAAAUUUGUGACUUCGGAUUAGCAAGAGUUGCAUUCAGUGAUACCCCUACCACAAUAUUUUGGACGGAUUAUGUUGCAACACGAUGGUAUAGAGCUCCGGAACUUUGUGGAUCAUUUUUCUCUAAAUAUACUCCUGCAAUUGAUAUUUGGAGCAUAGGCUGCAUCUUUGCUGAGGUAUUAACAGGGAGGCCACUAUUUCCUGGUAAAAAUGUUGUUCACCAAUUGGAUUUGAUGACGGAUCUGCUUGGCACACCUUCGUUAGAUACUGUAUCUCGGGUCCGGAAUGAAAAGGCGAGGAGGUAUCUGAGUAGCAUGAGGAAGAAGCAGCCUGUGCCCUUUUCACAAAAGUUUCCAAAUGCAGAUCCUUUAGCACUCAAACUGUUGGAAAGACUGUUAGCAUUUGAUCCAAAGGAUCGGCCAACUGCUGAAGAGGCACUGGCUGAUCCUUAUUUCAAGGGCCUGGCCAAAGUGGAGAGAGAACCGUCUUGUCAACCGAUCUCUAAGAUUGAGUUUGAGUUUGAGAGGCGUAGGGUGACAAAAGAGGACAUUCGGGAACUUAUAUUCCGGGAAAUACUAGAGUACCAUCCUCAACUGCUCAAGGACUACAUUAAUGGAACUGAAAGGACAAACUUCCUCUAUCCAAGUGCCAUUGAUCAAUUCCGGAAGCAGUUUGCUCAUCUCGAGGAAAAUGGUGGUAAAAGCGGGCCAGUGAUCCCAUUGGAGAGGAAGCAUGUUUCUCUCCCAAGAUCUACAGUUGUCCAUUCAAAUACAAUCCCCCCAAGGGAACAGCCAACUUUUACUUCAUGCAAAGAUCGGCAAGUCCCAGAAGAGUCAUGCAAGAACUCUAGGGACACAGAUGCGGUGGUUGGUCAUCCACCAAGAACUUCACAAGCACCACAGAGGAUCCCACUAGCUAAACCUGGGAAAGUUGUGGGACCAGUUGUACCCUACGAAAAUGGGAACGUCAAGGAUGCUUACGACGUUAGGAGGUUGAUCAGGAAUGCUGUUCUUCCCCCUCAGGCUGCUCCCCCGCCCUACGGUUUCCGCCGGAAUACAACAAGGCCGCAAAGGUCUGAGGCAAUGGAUGCAGAGACUGAAUUGCCGUCACAACCCAAGCACACUGCCCAUUGCGCAGCGAGCAAAUUGGCACCGGGCGUGGCCGUCGACAUGAAUCCUUCAUUUUAUCUUGCACAGGCGGCUAAGGUUGAUGCAGGCAGCAUUGGCGAUCAGGUUGCAAUGGAGGUGAACCUGCUGCAGGCAAAGUCUCAGUUCAGUGGGAUAGGUGCAGCAGCAGCUACUGCAGCUCACAGAAAGGUGGGUACUGUUCAAUUCGGCAUGACAAGAAUGUACUAGAAGUGAGAAGAAAAUAGAGUCCAGGAACCCCACGUUAAAAAUAUUUCAUGACAUGAUUUGGUCAGAAAAGGAAGAAAAACAAAAUGAAGGGCGGGGAUUGUUGUUGGAUGGAGAGAGAAAAGGCCCCUUUCAAAAAUAGGCAUCCUGUCGAAUGUCAACAACAACAAAAAAAGGGGCAUGAAAGCAAGCAGUAGUCUGUCACACUUGUAACUACUGUAGUGAAAUUUACACAUUUCCCCCUUGCCAGCCAAAAAAAAAGAAAGUGCAUGCAUGCAUUUUAUGUCUCUCCCUCUGUUUAUGUAUUGUAUAUGAACCUCUGAUCAGAUGCAGCCAGCUUUAUCCAACAUGUAACAUGACCUAGAAUCUCCUAUUCAUACAAAAGGUGGGCCACACGUACAUGAUCAUUUGAUGUGAAUAUCAGGCCGAUCCACAAGUACCAGCGGGACAGUGGCUGUUGAUGGACAAUAACAUAGUACAGGUGUGGCCCACCUUCUGUACGGAUAAUAAAUUCUACGUAUCAUCACGAUACAGCCUGUAUCAGAUCAUAUCUCCUUUGUAUAAAUAUUGACCUUAGUGAUGGGGGUGUCCCCAGAGUAGCUGUCCAUGUUCUA